CAACAGACUGACCACAGGCUGACGGGCAGCCCCAGCAGCGGCAGCUGAAGAAGGGACGGCAGCUCUUUUAUUUAUUACACUCUCUAAGCACACUUAGGAAGAAUUACCUGAGCUGACGGUGCCAUUAUUCAUUCAGGACAGGAGGCUGUGUGGCAGUGUAGGCUCACUUCACUCACAAGUAGUUUUAGAGGACGCAGCUUAACGCGUUAGUGAAGCAUGGAGAGUGAAAACAAACUGAAGUUCGACCCCAGAGAUCACCAACAUCUGCGCUACAACCCUCUGCGAGACUCCUGGGUGCUGGUCUCAGCUCAUCGAAUGAAGCGUCCUUGGAAAGGACAGGUGGAGAAGCCUCCCGAAGACAGCGUCCCCCGACACGACCCAAAUAACCCCCUCUGUCCUGGGAGCACCAGGGCUAACGGCGAGGUGAAUCCUGAGUAUGACAGCACUUUCCUCUUUGAGAACGACUUCCCUGCACUACAGCCAGAUGCUCCAGACCCAGGUUCAGAUCAUCACCCACUGUUCCAGACAAAAGCUGCAAGAGGAGUUUGUAAGGUCAUGUGCUUUCACCCUUGGUCUGAUGUCACCCUACCACUGAUGCAACCUGAAGAGAUUUGUAAGGUGAUUGACAAGUGGGCGGAGCUUAUAGAGGAGUUAGGUCCCACCUAUCCAUGGGUUCAGAUCUUUGAGAAUAAAGGAGCUAUGAUGGGCUGCUCCAACCCUCAUCCUCACUGUCAGAUUUGGGCCAGCAGCUUCCUGCCUAAUGAACCGGCCUUGGCUGAGCGCUGUCAGAGAGAGUAUUUACAGAAGCACGGAGAACCCAUGUUGCUCCAGUAUGCUCGCAUGGAGGCUCAGGCACAGGAGCGUGUAGUAGUGGAGAACGAGCAUUGGCUGGUUGUCGUGCCUUAUUGGGCCACGUGGCCUUUUCAGACCUUGCUGUUGCCACGACGACACAUUCUACGGCUUCCUGACCUUACAUCCCAGGAGAGAAACAGUCUGGCAUCCAUAAUGAAAAGGCUCCUGACAAAAUACGACAACCUUUUUGAGGUCUCCUUCCCCUAUUCAAUGGGCUGGCAUGGAGCCCCAACAGGACGUUACCUGAAGGAAGACAUGAGCCACUGGCAGCUGCAUGCACACUACUACCCUCCCCUGCUGCGCUCAGCCACUGUCCGUAAGUUCAUGGUGGGCUAUGAGAUGCUGGCACAGGAGCAGCGGGAUCUCACUCCAGAACAGGCUGCUGAGAGAUUACGGGCACUCUCUGAGGAGCACUACAAGAACGGAGUGAAGAAGGGACAGACAAGCUUGUAAAUGGAGUUAAAGUGAGUACAGACUGCCAAAAUUUGGAGGAGGCACUCAGGAAGGUCUGCUGAAACAGAAUGCUUAUAUGAAUAUGAAGUAUUCAAAUAAAAAAAACCCAGCUUGCUUGUUUCCUAAACCUUGUCUCAUGAUUUGUCAAGAUAUUUCCAGGGCCAGCUGAGGAUACCUUAGUUGGUUUCAGAGCAAGCCACGAGACCAGAUACUUGCUCAGCUUAUGGAUGCUGAUAUGAUUUGUAAAAUCAUUUGUAUGCCUGAAGUGCAGGUUCUCUAGUGCAUUUGUUGAUUUAACAUUAAAAACACGAAAUGAAUCAUCAAGCCAACAUUUCUCAGGGAAACAAAUGUAUGCAAGUCCCUCUCCACCAUAGCUCUUGAGCAAUUGGUCAGUAAUGGAACAUGCCAGCUGUUAUUUUCUGAGUAAUAUUUAUGGUGCUGAUCUGUAUUCGUAAAUAUACUGUCUUCUGUCUUUUUACCUUUUUUGCUUGUGCACUAAACAGUUCUGUAUUUGUUUCCACAGAAAUCUUGUCAUUUUACUGUAAAACCUUUAACUGAUAUUGUUCCUUCACUUUUGUUUUACAUGAUUGUAUAGUCAAGAAAUGAGUGCUCAUAAAGAAAAGCCAAAGAUUAAUUCCCUCUAUAGCGAAAACAAAGUUAAUGCUGUCUUACCUAAUAUGAUGAGUAACCCUUUCAAAUACUUAUUAAUUGCUCAUCUGUUUUAGGAAUUGCUUAUCAAUAAAUAAUUACCCACAAA